UUAACAACAUUCGAAUAGCCUCUGGCUUUUUACUAACAAAGUAAAGUUAGAUGUUGUUUUAAUUCAAGAAACAAGUGGAUAUUUUCGGGAAAAAUUAUUUUUUGCGACGGAUAGAAUUUUUUCAUUAUGUCUCUCGGAGCAGUGAAGAUUGCGGAGGACGCCAUGUGUCAAUGUACCUCUGAGUUUGGGUAUGCUGAAGUAGUCAAAGGACAGACGUCAACAUCUGCUAUAACUGGUAUGACUGACGAUGAAACAGCGGUGUUAGCUGGCGUGUUAGCUGGACUCGCAACAUUUCUCUUCCUAGCACUUCCGCUCUUGUGUUGUUUGUGUCCUCUGCCAUUCGCUUGUUGUGGAGGAGGCGGGAAAAAGAAGGCUGCUGCCGCUGCAGCAGCAGCAGGGACACAAAAGAGAAAAAAUAUCCAUGAAUUUUCAAGGUUUGUUAACAGUGGACGAAGUACAGACGUAGAAUCUAUUGGGAGUUAUCGUUCUUGGGAUAAGAAUUGGGACAAACUGGACCGAUUUGACCAUGACAACUUGUAUGAAGUGGACAUGAAACUUCCUCGAGUAUGGCUAGAAACUCUACGAGGUGUUCCGGAUGAUGAAGUAGAAACAAGAUUACGUGAACUCACGCGAGAUGGAGGCUGGGAAGGAGGUAAUGACGUGCAUGACGUCAACAUGGGCAAACAGAUGUCGGAAAUGGAAAUGAGGCGGGAAAUGUACGAGGAAUCCGGAUCCGGUGGUAUGGGAACUGAUGGCGGUAGAUAUGCGUCUGUGCAAAGGAUGGACGGAAGUGGAGGAGGAGGCGAAGAACUUAUUGCUGAAUACGAAAUCUCCAGACAUAUCACCAUGGAUACCACAAGAAUGACGCUACCGGAAACUGAAUAUAUUUACGAAAGAGAUAUUCGAGGGGAUAGCAGCAUUGCUGACCGAGAUAAUUUCAAAAGAGUCUACUAUACUUACCAAAGGAUAAAGGGAGACGACUCGAAACAAACCUCUUUUUGAGAUUAGUGACUAGAGACUCUUUAUUGCUUGCUGCUUGAUUUGAGACGUUGCUCUUACUUUGUAUCUGAUUUAUACAAUUUAUACUUUUGAAAUAUUGUAGUUAAUAUUUUGUUACAUUUGAUUAUUUUUGUUCAGACGUACAUGUUCCGAAAUUUGGUAUUGUUUUAAAUAAAACGAAACAAGGGUAACCAUGCAUAUAUAUAUAUAUGAAGCAUAUUUAAAUCGAUUUUAAUGACAUCUGUUUUCCAACCAACAACUUAAAGGUGUUACUUAAGUUAUAAAAAAAAUGGAAUUUGUUUGUGAUAAAAGUAGCGAUAUCAAAUGCAAAAGAUACGACUUCUGCACAUGAAGGAAAAGCAAAUGUAAUGCUCUAUUUCAUUUUUGACCUAACCAAGGGAGGAAACAAAUUGUCAGUAGUAUUUUCACAGUGAUUUUAAUUAAGCUAAAACUGGAGAACAUCUGUAGGGCAAUACAUUAUUAACCAGCAGAAACUCAAGCAACAUACAAAGCCGUACUAUGUGACAAUUUACUACAAAAGUCAUGUUUAA